CGGCGCCUCCCGAAGUUCUACUCCUCUGCCCGGACUAGGGCUUCCCCCGGGGAGGUGGCGCCAGCCGAGGCCGCCGGCGCUGGAGGCGCGGGGUCGGGGCAGGGCUCGGAGUUCUCGAGGCUCCGUUGAGAAGCCGGACGGCAGCAAGACCGCUGCUCGCGAGCCUCCAAGCUGGAGCUGGAACUGGAACCCUGUGGGGCCGGGGCCCUGGCUGCCGGGCAGCGGCUCUUCCCGGCCGAGGCCCCAGCGGAGAAUGAGCCAGAGGCGGUGGCGGGCUCCAGGCGGAGCGGCCGGGCUGGGAGCAUGCUGCGCUGGUUCAUCACCGUCCUCCUGUGUGCUGCCUUCCUGGGGCUGGGAAUGAGUGUCGCUCUACUGGGACCCACGUUUCAAGAUUUGGCAACAAAUGUGAACCGCAAUAUCAGCAGUCUUUCUCUGAUUUUUGUGGGCCGUGCCUUUGGAUAUUUGGGUGGCUCUGUGAUUGGUGGAGUUCUUUUUGACAAUAUGAAUCAUUUUCUUCUUUUGGGGGUGUCAAUGUUCGCUACCACAAUUGGUCUUUAUCUUGUUCCAUUUUGUAAGACUGCGGUGUUACUGAUUGUCAUGAUGUCCAUCUUUGGUGUUCCAAUUGGCAUUCUGGAUACAGGUGGUAACGUCCUAAUCUUGGCUAUUUGGGGGGACAAAGGAGCCCCCCACAUGCAGGCCUUACACUUCAGUUUUGCCUUGGGUGCCUCUUUGGCUCCCCUGCUGGCUAAAUUGGCAUUGGGCAGGAUGGUGUCUGCUGAAAACCACACAGAGGCUGACUUUAGCCAUUCUGCCUUCAACCAGUCAUCUGAAGCUGACUCAGAAUCUCUACUUGGAAUACCUGACGAUAUGAAUUUACUGUGGGCUUAUGCUGUUAUCGGUGAUUAUAUUUUUGUAGUUUCUCUCUUUUUUUUCGCUCUGUUUGUAAAGAAAAGCUCAAGGCAGGAAAAAGCAAAAGCAUCUACUCAGAGGUUUCGAAGAGCUAAAUAUCACAAUGCCCUUCUUUGUCUCCUUUUUCUGUUCUUCUUUUUUUAUGUUGGAGCCGAGGUAACAUAUGGCUCUUACGUUUUCUCCUUUGCAACCACCCAUGCUGGCAUGAAAGAAAGUGAAGCGGCUGGGUUGAACUCCAUCUUCUGGGGGACCUUUGCAGCCUGCAGGGGUAUGGCAGUCUUUUUUGCUACAUGUUUACAACCUGGAACCAUGAUUGUGUUGAGCAACAUUGGCAGCCUGGCUUCAUCUUUAUUUCUGGUGCUUUUCGACAAGAGCCGAGUUUGUCUCUGGAUAGCAACUUCGGUGUAUGGUGCCUCGAUGGCAACCACAUUUCCCAGUGGUGUGUCUUGGAUUGAGCAGUACACGACCAUCCAUGGGAAAGCUGCAGCAUUUUUUGUAGUCGGUGCUGCCCUGGGAGAAAUGGCUAUUCCUGCAGCAAUUGGAAUUCUUCAAGGAAAAUACCCUGAUUUGCCUGUAGUUUUAUACACCUGUUUGGGGUCAUCAGUAGCCACUGCUGUUUUAUUUCCUGUGCUGUAUAAAUUAGCCACCUUUCCUAUCGUUCGUCAGCAAAAAGAACACAGUAAAAGCGAGGACCAGAAAGCUUUGCUCUCUAGCUCUGGGCUAAAUGACUGUGAGGAAGAGAAUGAAGAAGAAGAUGCAGAAAAAUGGAAUGAAAUGGACUUUGAAGUGAUCGAAAUGAAUGAUACAAUGAGGAAUUCUGUAAUAGAGACAUCUAGAUAUAUUUUGAUGGAGCCCACAGCUGACGUCUCCAACCAAUCCCACUCAAAUGCAUUAAUGUUUGAGUCCUCUCCAGUUAAUAUGGGCAAGUCCCCUGUGAAUCACCUUGCAAGAAACCAGGACAAAAGGGACUAAGGCCUAGAGAAGAUGAAUUAUUUACUGACUUCCCUGAAUAAUCACCAGUUCUAAAGAGGCCAGUCAGAGCAAAGCAUGACAGAUUUUCAACAAACUUUGGGGGUCAAAAUUUCUAGGUCCAAGUAUAGCAAAUGCUAAAAGGUUUUGAAAUGUUUUGUCAUUCCCAGAGCCUUUCAUAAAGAACCAGUGACCUCAUACAGCUAGAUCCUGUUGUGAGGCUAGCGUUUGGUGGCAUGUGGCUGAUUAGGCAAUAUUUUCUGGCCUCAGAGUGUGCAGAGAAGGCAUUUGUUUUUGAGAAGUUGGGUGCCAUUCAGAUAGAAUGAAACCGUUUAGUAGUUGAGUUGGUUAGCUGAACAAAUUAUCCGUCGUCAGUAUUCUGCCAGGGAAGUUGAGGAGAAUCAUUUCAUAAAAGAGCAUCUUUGAAAAUGGACAGGGAUUUUUAUUAAUUGUUUCACUCUGUAGUGUUGGACCAGAAAAUGCUAAUUACUCAUAUGAUUUCUGAUUUCUAUGAAGAGAACACAGAACAGGCACAGACCUGGCUUUAGGCCUCCACUGCUGCUUACUAGUCUUCUGGCCCUGUACUCAGUCAUUUAACUUAUAUAGGUCUCGUUUAUCUCAUCCCCGAUCUGUGAUUCUCUAAUGAAAAUGCGAUGACUUUCAAACUGGGAAUCCAUAAUUUUUAAAGUUUGUGCAAGAUAUCUGCUAGAAAUCAAUAUAAGUGUCACCCCAUUCUUCAUUUCAGAUGAGAAGUGAAAAAAAUUGAUAGCUUUAAGAAUGUGCUACUGACUAUGAAUAUUGUCAAUUUAAGAGACUCAGUGUUUAAUACUUUAUUUGAAUAAUUGUCUGAAGAAUACAUUUUUAGUACCGUAUUUCAUCGAUUCUGAGAUGCACCUUUUUUUUCACAUUUUUAACAUCUCUGAAAUCAGAAUAUAUGUUGAAAUCAAUGAUCAUUUAACAUGUGGCAGAACUUAAUUGCCAGUUUUCUCCCACAUACUUCUAUAAAGUGUUGCA